GCCCCGGGCGCCACGGCGGCACCGGAGGAGGCGCGGGAAGCGCUGGGUGGCGUCGCGUUGGGGCCGGCGGCGGCAGAGGCGAAGGCGCAGGCGCAGGCGCAGGCGCAGGCGCAGGCGCCUGGAGCGGGCGGGGAGGAGCCCGGUCCGAUCAGGCUCGUGCCGGAGUUCCUCGCACGCCACCCGAUCCGGCGUGACCUCGCGGAGUCGCUGCAGUCCUUGCCGGUCGUCUGCUGCAAGCUCGCCCACCUGAAGCGAACGGCAGAUCUGAGGCGUUCCGUGUUCCGCCUGGCCGAGAUCGGCAGCGUUUUCUCAGCAGGUUCAGAUCUCGUGAGACCGUUUCGUCUCCCGUGUUAUGGCGAAGCGCACCGUUAUUCAUUGGCCGCAGAGGCAGGUUUGGUGGAUCGCUUGUGCAACGAAGGGGUUCGGUUGAGCGACAUCCAGCCCAAGAGGCUGACAGGCUCGAGCGCUGCUUCGUGCUCCUUCUCUCGACAAGAGGCUGCCUGGGUGUACGAAGCGGCGGUGACCUCCAGCGGUGCCGGGGAGCCCUAUGACGGGAGCCGGCUGGCAUGGCUCGGGGACGCGGCGAUCGGUUUUCUGCUGGCGGUUUGGCUCGCGCAGUCGCUGCCGAACGCCGACCUCGAGCAGCUGCAGGGGGCGGCAGGGCAGCUCUACUCCAACAGGAGCCUGAAUGCCGCGGCGCUGGCGCCGCCCCUGGAGCUGCACCGGUUCAUCAGGGCGUCCCCGUUCGCCUGCGCUGGGGCUGCCGAGGCCGCUGACGCUGCGCGGUCUGUGCUGUCGGGGGGCGCGACGACUCCCGACGUGGUUCCCUGCAAGAAGGGGCUCGCAGAUGCCUUGGAGGCCGUUGUCGGGGCCACGGUCGUGCUCUGCGGCCUCCGGCCCGCGGCGCUGCUGCUGGGCGGGCUGGCGGGCUGGCUGGCGAGCUCGCCGCUCGAGGGAG